AUGCACGCCGUCCAUCUCCAUGCAAGGCCUGAUCCCGAGCAGCACGUGUCGGUCAAGCAGUACGAGGACAAGUACCCCAACAUCAAGGCGUACAACUUGUCAGUGCCGAUCGACCAUUUCCACAAUGACUCGAGAUACGAGCCGCACUCGGACGGUUCGUUUCCCCUGCGGUACUGGCUUGACAUCUCCAACUACAAGCCGGGAGGCCCCGUCAUUGUCCUCCACUCCGGCGAAUUCGAUAGCACUGAGCGACUGCCUUAUCUCCAGCAUGGAAUCGUGCCUAUCCUGACAAAGGCGACGGGAGGAGUCGGCCUCAUCAUGGAGCAUCGAUACUACGGCACCAGCUACCCCGUCCCUGAUCUUACGACAGAAAACCUGCGCUUCCUCACGACGGAACAAGCUCUCGCAGAUACUGCCUAUUUUGCAAAGCACGUUCGGUUCCCCGGUCUGGAGCAUCUCGAUCUCACCUCUCCCGGAACGCCUUGGUUCAUAUACGGAGGGUCUUAUGCUGGCGCUUUCUCAGCCUUCUGUCGCAAGCUAUACCCAGCGACCUACUGGGGGGCCAUUUCAUCAUCAGGCGUCACGGCUGCCAUUGAGGACCUCUGGAAUUACUUCGAAGCGGCGCGACAGUACGCUCCAGGCGACUGCGGCCCUACCACGCAGAAGCUUACUCACGUUGUUGAUACCGUCCUCUUUGGCGACGACAGGGGCAAGGUACGCCGCUUCAAGGAACUCUUUGGUCUUGGGGACCUCGACGACGCCGACUUUGCCACCACCAUCACCCGCGGUCUCCAUGGGCUGCAGUCCACUAACUGGGACCCCGAAGAGGACGUGUCCUCCCUUGGGAUUUACUGCGCAGUUGUCACUUCGGAUGUUCAGCUGUUUGCCAGCACGGCUCACCUCAUCCCGACGGUGCAGGAUUUGGUCGCAAGAGCCGGCUUUGCAGGACAGUCCGAUGUCCUCUCUGUUCGCAUGCUCAACUAUAUCGGCUAUGUCAGAGACUACGUCAAAACCGAUCUCAAGAAAGGUUGCAAGGGCAAGUCAGUCUUGGAGUGUUUCUCUUCCCGCUAUACAUCCAACGACACGAGUCUCAACGCUGGAUGGCUGAGGAGUUGGAGCUACCAGGUGUGUACACAAUGGGGAUAUUUUGUCACCGGCUCAGGUACGCCCAAGGACCAGCUUCCAAUGAUUUCUCGAGCCAUCACCCUCGAAGCGGCAUCGUCGCACUGCGAGAGACUCUUCAACAUCACCACCCCCCCGGACAUCGAGUCCAUCAACAAGCUUGGGGGCUUCAACUUCAGCUACCCUCGCCUGGCAAUUUUGGACGGCUUACAGGAUCCAUGGCGCUCCGCCACGCCCCAUGCCGAUGGCCUUCCCGACCGAGAGUCAACCACCAGCGAGCCCUUUUUGCUCAUCGACUGGGGGGUGCACCACUGGGACGAGUUUGGCCUUCCCGAGGACACGCGCAUCGAGGGUCUGCCGCCGCCUCAAGUUGCUGAGGCACACAGGGCGGAGAUUGAGUUUGUUAAAGCGUGGUUAAAAGACUGGAAAGAAGAGAAUGGAAGUUCAAGGUCACAAUCAAUGGACGAGGAAGAGACGAUGGAAGAACUGUAA